CUGCUACUAAAGCAGCUUCAGCCCUGCACACUUCCCUGCUGGGGUGAGCUCCAUUGCAAAGAUGAAGCUAGCUAACUUGUGCUGGCUGAGCUCCGCUGUCCUGGCUGCUCACAGUUUUUUGGUUGUGGCAAACAAUGAAACAGAAGAAAUCAAAGAUGAAAUAGUGAAGGACACCUGCCCGGUGAGACUGGAAAGCACGGGGAGAUGCGAGGAGGGUGGGGAAUGCCCCUACCAGGUAACCCUGCCCCCCCUGACUCUUCAGCUCCCAAAGGAGUUCAGCAAGAUUGAGGAAGUGUUCAAAGAAGUCCAGAACCUCAAGGAAAUUGUAAAUAACCUGAAGAAAUCUUGCCAAGACUGCAAACUGCAAGCUGAUGACAACAGAGUCCUGGGCAGAAAUGGACUGCUGGUACGCACAGGGGACCCAGAAGAGGCUGGUGACAACAGAGUGAGAGAAUUAGAGGGAGAGGUUAACAAGCUGUCCUCUGAUCUAAAGAAUGCCAAAGAGGAGAUCAACGGACUUCACGGUCGCCUGGAGAAGCUGAAUCUUGUAAAUAUGAACAACAUAGAAAAUUAUGUUGACAGCAAAGUGGCAAAUCUAACAUUUGUUGUCAAUAGUUUGGAUGGCAAAUGUUCAUCGAAGUGCCCCAGCCAAGAACAAAUACAAUCACGUCCAGUUCAACAUCUAAUAUAUAAAGAUUGCUCUGACUACCACGCAAUAGGCAAAAGAAGCAGCGAGACCUACAGAGUUACACCUGAUCCCAAAAAUAGUAGCUUCGAAGUUUACUGUGACAUGGAGACUAUGGGGGGAGGCUGGACAGUGCUGCAGGCACGUCUCGAUGGAAGCACCAACUUCAACAAAACAUGGCAAGACUACAAAGUAGGCUUUGGAAACCUCAGAAGAGAAUUUUGGCUGGGGAACGAUAAGAUCCAUCUUCUGACCAAGAGUAAGGAAAUGAUUCUGAGAAUAGAUCUUGAAGACUUUAAUGGUAUCAAACUAUAUGCCCUGUAUGAUCACUUUUAUGUAGCUAAUGAGUUUCUCAAAUACCGUUUACAUGUUGGCAACUACAAUGGCACUGCUGGAGAUGCCUUACAUUUCAGUAAACAUUACAACCAUGACCUGAAGUUUUUCACCACCCCAGACAGAGACAAUGAUCGCUAUCCCUCUGGGAACUGCGGGCUCUACUACAGUUCAGGCUGGUGGUUUGAUGCAUGUCUUUCUGCAAACUUAAAUGGCAAAUACUAUCACCAGAAAUACAGAGGUGUCCGUAAUGGAAUUUUCUGGGGCACCUGGCCUGGAAUGAGUGAGGCUCAUCCUGGUGGCUAUAAGUCCUCCUUCAAAGAGGCCAAAAUGAUGAUUAGACCCAAGCACUUUAAGCCAUAAAUCACUAUGCUCAUUCCUCCAGGUGUUCGUUACUUUAGAGGGCAAUUACUUCUUUCAGUACUUUGUAAUACGCCAUAUUUCAUGCACCCUUUCCAUAGUUCAAAACUGUAUCUCUAAGUAGUGGGUUCUGAUGCUACACAGCAUUUGAAAUAAAGCUGAAAAUAUACAUUUUUUAAAGGAGUUAUUUGUUGCUGUUACGCUAUUAUUCAAAUGAACACUUGCAAGUAACUGGGAAUAUUGAGAAUUACACAUUAGAUUUGUAAUUCUAUUAACUGAAAAGUUUUCUAUUACUUGUAUUACUUGCUAAAACUAAAAAUAAUUGUUUAUUCAGCAGGCUAGAUUUCACACAAGCAAUGCAUAUUUUUUGCCAUGACUUAAGCACAUCUGAAGGUAUAUCAACCUUUUCAAGCUGUAAACAGUGAUUUUGCUAUCUAUUUAUCUCUAAAUACCCUAGUCCCUAUUCUGAGAUGAAUUUAUUCAAUUUAAGGCAUUUCCUUUGAUCAGGAAGCCCCUACAGCAUUUUAGUUCCCAGGCAAAGGGAAAUAACAUAUAUAAUUAAACAUGUUCAUGUAAUAUUCAUGAAAUACAAAAUAUUUGUUGCUUAAAAUAUUUUUAAAUGUGAUAACAUAAUGUUAUAAAGCAUUCAGAAAAUAAUGUAAUCAUAAAGACCAUACCUUAAAAGUAAUUCAUUUACAGUUUAUAAUUUUUUAGAUGUUUAUGGUGAAAACUACUUUAACAUAAAGAUUAUCUUCCUCUGCUCUGUAUGCACAAUCACUUUUGAUUUAAGAUGGCUCACUACUGUGCUAAACUACUGAUCAGCUUUUUUUUAGGGGGGAGAGGGGAUUGGGGGUGCCUGAGGGUGGUGAAAGAAGCAUUUGUUUGUAGGCUAUAAUCCUCUGAAGGCCAGUUUUAUAUCAUAAGCAAUAAUAUAAUAUCAUUAAGUGAUUCACUUCAUUGAUAGAAAGCUAGGUUUUCUAGAACAUACAGAUAAAUUUAUUUAUUAAAAACAUGAAAUUGAAAUACAUAGAAUAAUAGUUCAAAUUUUAUAUAUUUCAACCCUAGCUGGUGUACUGCUUGUUUUACUAUCAAAAGAUACAAAUGUAGGUGUUGGUUUUUAAACAAACAAAAAUAUCUGUAAUUUUUAUAAUUCAUUAAUUAAUUUUAGAAUGCAAAUAUAAUAUUGAAAAUUUUAUUAAAAUGUAUUUAACUUCAUUUUAAAAGGGAUUAUUUCAGAAAGAGCAGUAUUUGGCUGUAAAAGAGCUCUAGAGUAAAAUUUAAAAUAAUACACUGUACUGCAUGUGAGUCAUAGAAAUACAUUCAAUCUUUAAGUUCUACUGUCUGCUUCUAAGACACUAGUCAAGUUUUCAAAACACAACACAAAACUGCAUCUUUACCCAUUAUUUGAAAAUGAUUAAGGGGGCUAGCUGCUUCAGGUAUGUUAAUUUUUCAAAUAUUAAGCCCUUAUAGAAAGUUUUAAUCAAAAAGAAGCAAGAUUUUCUUUUGAAUUUAUGUAAAACAGGAAGUUUUAGGUAAACAUGAAAACUAAGCUAAUAUGAAUACCAUUAAAAUGUUAAAGCAAGAGAAAUGCAAAUAGAAUUAAGUGAUGACCAAAAUGUAAAAUGAAAUAUCACUGUAUUUCAAAGGCUGAAUAUCUGCUUAAUAGGAUUCCAAAUGUAAAUGUUGUAACUGAAUUAAUCCUAUUUUUCUCUUGUGAUUUUGUUUUUCAGAAAGACUAAAGGUUUUGAUAUACAAUGUAUUUAUUUCACAUAACAGUAUUUGCAUUUACUACAUGUAAUUAAAAUAUAUAUAAGCUAUAGAAGUACUCUUCUGUAAUCAAAAUGGAGUUAUCACAAAACACAAUUCUAAACAAAAAUAUCUGUUUAUAUAGAGUACCCACUGAUUUAAUGGGAAAUAGGUAUCAUUUUGGGAGAACUGGGGAAAUAAUGUGUUAAUCAAUGUAAAUAAUGAAAAACUUGUCUUUGUAUCUUUCUGCCUGAAUUCAAAGGAUCAAAAUUUUAUUUUCCAUUAUACUUUUAUGGCAUUUUUCUAUCAAAGAGUACUGUAAUAUAACAAUUCAUCUUUAGAUUUAUUCCAUGUCAUUCAUUAUAAAGUAUAUUCUAGAUUUGCAGGAUCUUUAACAUGUUGAUGGUAAUAGAUUAUAUCUGAAUCUUUUGCCUUAAAAUGGCUAUCCACUAAUAUGUACUAAUGUUCAUAAAUGUUGAUUAUUUACAAAUGUAUAAUUUAGGGUCUUGUUUUAGUUCCAUUUGAUGACUAGUAUUUUAUUUAUCUUAAGAUUGUAUUUUUGAGUUUUACCAUUCUUUGAAAAUAUUGCCUAAAAUUGGAUCCAUAGAAAUUCCAGUUGGGACUGAUUUACUCAUACUUGGUAAAAAAUCAAAUCUUUCUAACUGCUAAGUAGUAAAGCUCUAAAUGAAUUAACAGCACAUUGGUACAACAAAUAAAGAGUUUACAUAUACAAAGCAUAAAAAACAUCCUAGUAACUAAAUUCACUGGUUCUUAUUUUUGGAUAGCUACUGAAGAUAAGGCUUUAAAGACAGAAUUGAUGAGUAAUGCCAUAACGAUAAGCUCUUGUUUAAAAUUCUUAUAUUUCUUUAUGUUCCGUGUCUUUUAAAACUCUGUAAAAUAAAAGAUUUAACCUUCACAUCUA